CAUUUCCUGCCAUGCGUGGUAGCUCCGCGCCGUUGUUUGAGUCGGGAGGAAGACCAUGGACCAGGGACCGAGUGCUGCACGUCUUCCGGCAGCUAUCGAGGCGCUGAGCCUGAGCUUGCCUGGGUCCCGUAUUUCUCCGGAGACUUUUCGUCUUGCCAAGUUCGACCGGCCCCAAGUGAGUGUAGUCUUCUGGAAACUACUAUAUUCUCUGCUGAAGCAAAUCCAAGGUGAAGGAUGGAUAGAGCCAGCUGACACAGGCACCCUAGUUAGAUUUGUCAAAAGUGUAGCCUUGAGCCAUGGAUACAGAAGACUGGAAUUCUAUCAGCUUCCUUCUAAUGGUUCAGAGGGGAGUAAGGAGCUGCUGUUGGUAUUUUCCUGGCUCCUGUGCAGAAUUGGUUUGGUGGAACAGCUGCUGACCCUGAGCAGAGUGAAACCUUGGGAUGAAACAAUAACAUGCAUGUGUGACACCCCUAUGAGAAACCUGCAAACUGGGAGAAAUAUGGCUUCAAAAGACCAAAGAGAUAUCCGAUACCUGCAGUGGUUAAAUGGCCGCCUACAGUUCCGAUGGCGGAGAUGCCACACUGAUCAGCAAGAGCAAUGCAAGCUACUGUGUAAGGUACAUUCAUAUACAACUGGCUGUCAAGCUGACCCUACUAUUGGCCAUUUCUCAGUCACAGAAGCAGAUAUUGUGAGACAACCAGAUAAUUACAAAGAGUUGUUGCAGUUGAUGGAAUCUGAAAGUUCUCGUCUGGAAGCCUUUCUCAAAUGGAAACCCCUGGAACCACUAUAUUGGUGUUGGAUGGAGACUGUUUUAGGUCCUGAAAUAGAAAGUGUAAAACUCCACAAUGUGUGUAACAAGAACAAUCCUUUGCCAAGUGCUGACCUAGGUUGCCAUACUGUUGGCAAAAUUGUUGAAGACAUUGACAGAUGUAAGAAAGAUCUGGUGACCCUUCGUGAUGGACUUCAUGAGCUUAUAACACAUAAGAAAUUGGGUUGUUGUGGAAAGGUCAGAGCAAGAAAGCGGGCACUGCUGGGAGAAGGAGAGUUCUGUAAGGCUGUCAGAAAAGCACAAGAGGUUGCGGAGCUGAAACUGUCUGAUCUUAAAUGCAACAGUGAUGUUUGUAGAAUCGGUAAAAUGCAUGGUCCAUACAGACUUGUAUUUAAAGCCAAGUGUUUAAAGGGCAGCAAAACGGGUUUUGUAAAGUCAGCACCCAACAAAACUGUUACUGAAGGCAUCAUCACUGCAGCAGAUGUAAUCAGUGAUCUGAGGAAGCAAGAAGCAAGAUUGAAGGCAGAGCUGAGGCGGCAGCAGGAAGAAGAUAGACAGAAGAUCCAUGAAGCAGCAGAGAGGCUUGGCCAAAUGCUCUUCAUCCCACCCAUGAAGAGACAAGAAGCAAAAGAUGCAAACUAAUUAUAGGAUUUGACUGGUUCGUUAGCUUUGAAAGAACAGCCUUGGGCCAUUGUUGGUCUAUUAUGCCAACCUCUGUAGGCAACCGGUUUUUUAUCCUUUCCUGUGGUUUUUAUUGUUGUUGAAUAUAUUAUUUUUGAAAUGUUCUGUAUAUUGCCUUAGGUGUGUUAAAAAACUUAGAGGUGAUUAAAAAAACAAGUUGCAAGUCUCA